AUGUGUGGAUCUGACCCCUCUUCUACGUCCCGGGUGCUCCUACCCACAGACUUCACGCCCAAGUUCUACCACCUGACUCUGGAGCCUGACUUUACCACCUUCAAGUACAAUGGCCAAUGCGACAUUUCUCUCGAAGUUAACACUCCCACCGACACCCUCACUGUCAACUCGAUUGAUCAGGAGAUCUCCCGAGUUGCCAUUGAAGAAAUUGGAGAGGCGACCGUCACCUACGACAAAGAUGCCGAAACGGUCACGUUUAAGUUCCCCAAGAUUAUUGAUCUCGACGAGGUCAAGGUCAAAAUCACAUUUGUCGGCAUUCUCAACGACCUGCUCAACGGUUUCUACAAGAGCACAUACACGGAUGAGGCGGGAAACAAAAAAUACCUCGCCACUACCCACAUGGAGCCUGCUUCUUGCCGACGAGCAUUCCCCUGUUUCGAUGAGCCUGCACUCAAGGCGGUUUUUAACAUCACCCUAAUUGCAGACAAGAAUCUCACGUGUCUCUCCAACAUGGCUGUGCGAAACGAGGAGCCCCAUGAUGGCGGCCAAAAAAAGAAAGUGACGUUCAAACCCACUCCGCUCAUGAGCACCUACCUCGUGGCGUUUGUGGUGGGUGAGCUCGACUACGUCGAGGACACUACCAACUACAGACUUCCUGUGCGAGUCUACGCCACUCCUGGCAAGGCACACAAGGGCAAGUUUGCCGCCGAAUACGGAGCCAAGACGCUCACAUACUUUGAGAAGAUCUUUGGCAUUGAUGUGCCUGUCGAAAAGAUUGAUCUCAUUGGCAUUCCCGAUUUUGCCAUUGGAGCGAUGGAGAACUGGGGUCUGAUCACUUUCAGAGAUGCAGCAUUGCUCUACGACGCUGAAACCUGUUCUCUGUCUCAGAAGCAGCACUGUGCUGAGAUUGUCAUGCACGAGCUGGCCCAUCAGUGGUUUGGCAAUCUUGUCACCAUGGAUUGGUGGGAGGGUCUGUGGCUCAAGGAGGGCUUUGCCACCUGGAUGUCGUACCUUGCGAUGGAUCAUUUCUUUCCCCAGUGGAACAUCUGGGAGGGCUUCUACACCGCCAAUGUCGUCAGAGCUCUCGAUCUCGACUGUCUGCGAUCGUCUCAUCCCAUUGAGGUCAAUGUUCGAACUGCCAAGGAGCUGCCGCAGAUCUUUGAUGCCAUCUCUUAUUCCAAGGGAGGUUCUGUCCUGCGGAUGAUCUCUGACUACCUCGGUCUAGAUGUCUUCCUUAAGGGCGUCUCCAAGUACCUCAAGGAUCACGCCUAUGGAUGCACAGUGACCACCGAUCUGUGGGACGCUCUUGCUUCCACUUCUGGCAAAGACGUGGUUUCGAUCAUGACCACCUGGACCAAGAAGGUUGGUUACCCUUACGUAAAAGUUGAGAAUGGAGAUGGCGAGACCAAGGUGACCCAGCAUCGGUUCCUGUCUUCCAAUGAUGUGACUCCCGAAGAAGACACUCUCUAUCCUGUGCUUUUGGAGCUACUGGACGCUUCAACUGGUAAGAUCGACAAGAGUCUCGAGCUACGUGACAGAACCUCCACAAUCAAGACCCCCUUUGUAUUCAAGCUCAAUGCCCACCAGGUUGGUACGUACCGAACUCUUUACCCCUCUGCCCUUGUUGCGCUACUCGUUGACUCCGUUCAUCUUUCGUCUUUUGAUCGGGCAGGCCUCGUGGAUGACAUGACUGCAUUCUCUUCCUGCGGUUUGGCGCCUACCACUGAUCUCCUCAAGUUGUUGUCUUCCAUCAAGGGCAACGAUUCGCUGAUUGUGUGGGAGAUGAUUGCCGGGGCCUUUGGUGAGCUCGACGCGCUGCUGCGGUUUGCUGACAAGUCUACGCUCGUGAAACUGCGAAAUCUGCGUCUGUUUGUGCUUUCGGCCGCUCCCUUUGAUCUCACUUCCUGGCCCGAAGAUGAGGACGAGAUUGUGCAGCAGGUGAAGGCUCUGCUCUUCGCCUUUGCUGUCUCCUCUGAGCAUCCUGCUGUGACCGGCUACGCCAAGGGUCUGUUUGACUCCUACAUUGAGACCCCCACCACUCGAAUCAAUCCCAACAUUAUGGCUACCGUCUUCAAGGCAGGUGUUGCCAAGGGUGGAGAAGCCGAGUGGCUGCAGCUGCUCAACAUUGCCAAGACCUCCAAGGACAGUGUGAUCCCCAACAAGGCCUUUAGUGCCCUUGGAGAGACUCCUCUGGCCGAGCUGAAGCUCAAGACGCUGCAACUGACUCUGGAUGGCAGUGUUCGAAACCAGGACUUUUUGUAUCCCGUGACUGGCGUUGUUUCUUCGGCCGAGGGAGUGCGCAUCUACUGGGACUGGUUCACCGCCAACUGGACCGAGAUUGUGGCCUUCUUGCCUCCCAAUGGUAUCGGCAACAUUCUGCCUCGAGCUGUUGGUCUGUCCAUCAGUCGGUUCACCUCUGCAGACGACAAGAAGAAGUGCGAGGAGUUUUACAAGGAGAGAAAGGAGGACGCGUUUGCGCGGUCGCUUGACCAGGCGUUUGAGCUCGUGACCACGCGAAUUGAGUGGUUGAAGAGGGAUCAGGUGGAGAUCGAGUCGUUCCUCUCUGCUAUUUAG